AUGGAGAGCGAGCAGCUGCGGCGAGAAUGCGACGCGAGCGGGCCGCAGGACGAGCUGGAGUACUGGAAGCGGCGCGGCGCGCAGUUCUCGCAACUGGUGGCGCAGCUGCGCGCGCCCGAGGUGCGCUGCACGCUGCUGUGCCUGGCCGUGGCGCGCGCCAAGGUGCUGCGCAUCUGGAGGGACACCGACCGCAAGAUCACCUACUGCUACAACGAGGCGCGCGACAACGCCAAGUACAUCCAGUGCAUGGAGAAAUGCUGCCACUCGCUCUACCUGCACGACCCGGUGCGCAUGAAGGAUUGCGUCUUAAGCCUGCUACAGACGGUGCGCCUCAUCCACAACGUCUCUCAGUAUUAUAACACAUCCGAACGAACUUCUUCACUCAUGGUCAAGUACACUAGAAAACACCAUCCCAGCAACGAGACAAACCCCAUUUCCAAGACGUUAAAACUGAAGGGCGCAUAUCCCCGAUACAUCCGUCAUACAAACUUCCUCAAUCCGGCCCAAAACCCCUAA